AGCCCCUACCCUGCAAUCAAUGUCGACAUAUCACCGCGUUCUGCGUUGUCGUGGUUGGAAUACGCCUUAGUAAGGUAAAUACCUGAGCUCUCUUGUUGCACUCAGUUUGUAACACGGCGUCUCCAAUCAGAAGGAGAUCAAUGGCUCCAGAUAAACAUUCCAAAGUUUUCGUCACCAGCCAUUUAUUUAGCAAAAUCUUAACUUCGGAAACCAGAAGAGAACUUAAGCAGUUGAUAAGCCUAUCAUGGCUGCCAAUUCUCACAAAUGUCUUGCAUAAUACCUUAUUUACCAUCAGCCUUCUCUUUGCGGGGAGAUUAGGCGAACAAGAACUAGCAGCGACAGUUUUAUCCACUUCGUUUAUUGGAGUUACUGGAACAUUUCUCGGCUCUGGCUUGAUCACUGCUUUAGAAGUUUUAUGCACGAAGGCUUUUCGGAACAGAAGCUAUCGACUUGUGGGGAUAACGUUUCAGAGAGGAGUUUGGCUUCUAGGGAUUUCUGUGCUGUUUGUUUGGGCCAUUUGGACUAAUGCAGAACUGCUGCUGCUGAUAAUCAAACAGAAAAGAGAAAUAGUCAGACUCUCGCAACUGUUUAUUUUCGUUUGGUUUCCAGCUCUGGUAGCAGAUUUUGCGUUUGUUUUAAUUCAAAGAUAUCUCCAAAUACAGGGUGUUUUCAAGCCUGUCAUUUACACCGUUGCUACCGCAAACAUUAUGCAUGUUGGGAUCAAUGCUGUAUUAAUUCAUGGAUUACAGAUUGGUUUCCUGGGCGUGGCCCUAGCGUCAUGCCUUACACACUGUCUGUUCCUCGGCCUCUCCUCGUUUCUCUACUUCUUUUUCUCUAAGCUUUACCACAGAACCUGGCCUUCAGAAGGCUGGACGAUAGAAAGCCUGCAACAUUGGAAUCAGUUCACCAUGUUGGCUGCACCAGGCACGCUUAUGCUAUGUGUUGAAUGGUGGAGCUUUGUUGUGGGAAUUUUUCUAAUGGGAACGCUUGGACAAAAGCAACUGGCGGUCCAUGGUAUAUUGAUGCAGUUUUCAAGCUUUGUAUAUAUGAUUUCUAUAGGUUUUUCUCAUGCUGUUACUGUUAGAGUCACGAAUGAAUUGCGAAGAGGCAACCACACCAGAGCGAAAAAUGUUGUAAACAUUUCUUUGGUGGCAGUUUGUUGCUUUUCCAUUGUACUGUCGGCGUUUCUUAACGGUCUAAACGAACAUCUUGGGAAAGCCUUCACAGACGACAGUCAACUGGUCAGGGAGCUAAGUUUUCUGAGAAAACCCUUUGAUUAUAACAAAGCAUAUGCUCUUCAUUUGGUUUUUAGGGCCAUCGCAAGUUUUGUCAGAAAAGUCACUCCAGCGAUGACGGGAUUUUCAUUUUUCCAAAGCCUCCAAGUCAUAUGUUGCAGCGUCAUUCGAGGUGUUGGUCGAGCAAAGCUCGCUCUUUUUCUCAACUUCUUUUUCCACUUUUUUGUUUCCGUGCCUCUGGGAUCAUGUUUCGCCUUCUACGUCUUUGAAGAAGAAGUUGAAGGUUUCUGGUGGGGUCUUACGACUGGACUCAGUCUGCAGUGUCUCUUAUUCAUUGCCUUAAUCAGGAGGAUAGAUUGGGAACUAUAUGUUAGGAAGGCCCGUCGUAGGUUGACUCGACAACGACUUAGGUCACCUCUCGAAUGGAGCACUGGAACUGGACAAGAAUACGAAGAGAGCAAGCUUGUUCCUUUAGAGCCAGAUCUCAUCGUUACCUGGCUUUCCAGAACCUCAUCGUUAUUUUCAGUAAACACGAACAGCUUACGAGAAUUUAGAAAUCCAACAAACCCUGUCAUGUCCUGGAUCUACCGCUCGUCGUCUCUUCUUAGCCUCAAUAACAUUCCGCUUAGGGCCAUGAACACGGACCAAGAGCGAGUCCUUCUCGAGGAUGGGCCUUUGCGACAAGAUUGCUCAACCGUAUCUAAGCAACAUAUUAGUGUCCAUGGGAACAAGCUAACUUUAAAGGAGAAGCGCAAGUUGAUACUGCGCAGACUCGUAUGGUUGAUGUUUGCGGUAUUUUUGUUGCUUACCGCCAUAGUUGUGCGAGUUAAAUUCCCAGCACCAGAAGAACAAGAACAGGAAGUGUUAAGGGAUGCCAGUGUGACAGAGCUAUCGAUAAAUUCAACGAGGAACUAAGUCGAAGCGACAAAGCAUGGCAAUUUUCCGCCAAAUACCAGAAGCAUGA